CACAUUUUUAGUAUCAGUUACGGAUGGUCUGAGUCUAUUGUUUCACUGCAUACAAGAUAUUCUUAUUCGAGGAAAAUAAACUGAAAUAAACCAUUAUUUCGAAAAACUGUAUAUUCAAAAGAAUACGUGCGAAACAAUAGGAUGACAGCAAUUUUCAAUAAAAUUUUGGAAAAAAGUCUGUAAAUACAAAUUAAACACAACAUAUCAACGUGUAAAGCCAUCAACAUAUUCAAAUAAUUUUAUAGUAUUCCAGGUGAGAAAAAAAUAUAAAACAAAUUAUUUGACAGGUUUGUUGUUUUGUGGUCAACUAUGAAGGUCACAAGCUUUCAACUUCUCUUGAUAGUUGUACAUGUUUUGAGAAGAAAGUCCUGUGUUUUAAACAAUAAUUGUUUGUGUUGGAAAGAUGUACAUUCUAAAUUGCAUGUCAAUUGCUCGUCUAGAAAUAUUCGGUCAAUUCCGACGUUUCCUACUGAAACAUACUAUCUGGAUUUUAGCUUAAAUCCUUUAGGAAUAAUAAAGAAUAGAUCAUUUGGUAAUCUUCAAUAUCUACAAGAACUGAAUUUGUACUUCUGUGGUAUAAAGGUUUUAGAACCGGACGCAUUCAUCGGACUUACAAAAUUGCGAAAAUUGAAUUUACGAACAAACCAACUAACUUUCAACUUCGAGGCCUUUCCUAAAGGAGUCUUCAAACCUUUGAAACUUUUGACAUAUAUGAAUAUUAUAAAUACAAACGUUGAUUCUUCAGAAUUAAAUUUUGCAAGCUUUUCGCAAUAUGUGAUGUCCGACCUUUUAUCAUUAAAAACGUUAAUAAUUGACCUUUUUCAUGACAAUUCUGGGGCUUUUAUAAUUGGAAAAGGUUUUCUGUCAUUAAAGCGGUUACGUGUAGUACAAUCAGGGCUUUGUUAUAUGGAUUUCAAUAACAGAACACUAGAAAAUGUACCAUACUUGGAAUCAUUUGAUUUAUCAAGCUGUACGUUAGCCUCGUAUGAAGUUGGAGCACUUAGUGGACGUAAAUUUAAAUAUUUGAAUUUCGAUGCUGUUUAUAUGAUGAAAAAUGAACUUUAUUGGGAUAUGGUUACAGAUCUGGGAACAGCAAAAAUAGAUAUAUUGGUAUUAACAGCUACAUUUCACAUAUAUUCUUUUUUACCUGCAUCAUUUUUCGUGACUUUAAGUCCAAGCGGGUUAACAGAAAUAUAUCUGAAUGAAAAUAGUGUUAUUGAAGCCGGUACAGGGUCAACAGGGGCUGAUAUUCUGCCUUCAACAUUAAACCAUUUAGAUUUUUCUGGAAAUCAGAUAAGAGAGAUAAGAUAUUUUAUGCAGAAUUUGUCAUACCUAAACCUAGAAAGAAAUAACUUGGGAAUAUACCUAAAAUCAAACAGAUAUUCAGCUUCCGAUGUCAAUAAUUUAACUGAAGUAAACUUAUCUUUCAAUAAACUAUAUUAUUUAAUGUUUACAGUUUUCUAUGGACAUGCAAAAUUAGAAAUAUUAAAUUUAAGCAACAAUUUUUUAAUGGAUGUCACAUUUAAUGUGUCAAAUUUAAAUACGCUCAAAGUGCUCGAUAUGUCCAAUAACAGAAUUCAAAGCUUUGGUAGAAAAACAAUGGACAGUUUGGACAAAUGUUUCGAUAAAUCUGACAUGCAAAUAGAUAUAUCAGAAAACGCUCUGCAAUGUAGUUGUGAUACGCUUCCAUUUCUUAAGUGGAUAAUUCACAAAAGAAAAUAUUUUAGGCGAAUGAAAAAAAUGAUAUGCAAAUUUUCCAACGGAACUGAAUUAACAUUAGCUUCAUUUAGAAAUACAAUAUUAUUGCUAGAAAAGGGAUGUUCUUCAUAUACUGCACUUCUAAUUGGCAUAUCUCUUUCAAUUAUAACAACCGUUAUAGUUGUGGCGGUUGGUUUAGUAUAUAGGUAUCGAUGGAGACUCCGGUAUAUCUACUAUAUGACUAGAAGUAAAUAUAAGCGAUACAAUAAGGUCGUGAAUGAACAAAGUUAUAAAUACGAUGCAUUUAUAUCUUAUUCUGAUAACGAAAGAACAUUUAUUAUUAAAGAUUGUAUUCCUAUUUUGGAAGGCAAAACUGGUAUAAAACUUUGCAUUCAUCAACGUGACUUUGUGCCGGGCGAAGAAAUUACACACAACAUUACAAACUCUAUUCACGAAAGCAGGAAAACUAUUUGUAUUAUAACAAGAUCAUUUAUUGAGUCAUAUUACUGUCUGUUUGAAUUUAAUAUGGCUAGAAUGGAGAGUAUCUAUUCACGCGGGGGUCAGAACAUUUUAUUUCUAGUCUUCUAUGAACAACUUCGACCACAAGAUUUGCCACUAGUAAUGCUGGAACUGGUUCAACAAAAUUCUUACAUCGAAUAUCCCAACGAUGAACAAGGAAAUAUUGUAUUUUGGGAGAAACUAAAAGAUGUCUUGUCAUAAUUAA